ACUAUCACUCACUUGAACAGAAGCAAAGGCCAUGUUCUGGACAACUGCAGCCCUAUUGGUGGUCUCCCUGGCUUUUGCCAGGGUCAGCACUUAUCCACUUCUGGGAGGAAUAACCGACAAAGAUCCAGAAACUCCAAAUGCGGGGCCGGGACUAUUCAGCCCUCCGGUGAAAGACGCAAUCAACGUUGAAGUCUCACUCUCCGCCGCUUAUUCACCUCCGCUAAGAAUGCCCGACCCAGAUCCACCUAAAAUUGCGGGGGGAAUAAUCCCUAUAGAUGUUAACAAUCCUGGGGCGCAAGACGCUUUGAACUUCGCCGUCGGUGAAGUCAACAAGCAUGUUGUGUACAACAGCAAAGUGGUGAAAGUGAUAUCGGCCACGGGUCAGGUUGUUUCAGGGAUGCUGUACAGGUUUGAAGUGGAAAUGGCUAUAUCUGGCUGCAAACCGUACGCACAGCACAAGUGUGAUGAUGCCAACUCCGAGCUCACAAAGCCCUACACAUGCCAUUUUAGGGUCUGGAGUCAACCAUGGCUGGGCCCACCUAAGCUUACGAGGGAUGACUGCAAUGUUUCAUUUCCUUGAAGUCAGUCAGGUUUUAGACUAGCCUACAGUACAUCUAGUCAUAACAAUCAUAUACCAUUUUAAAGAAAAUCCUCUUCUUCUAAUGAACAAAAUGUAUUUUAAAUGCCUUUUUUUCUAUGAAUUACCAUUGUUAUAUCUUAAACAAACUGUAGACUAAUCUAG